CAGGUCACCACCCUUGUAGACGCGGAUAGUUUGUUGGAUUGAAUUGCCACACAGUGUUUUUAGCCUCUCUUUUCCUCAAAGGGCACGGUAAACAAAAGAAAGCGCAUUGCUAAUAGAAUUUAUUUAAGGAUCGCAUCUCUCUAAAAGUGGCCCGAAAUUAUUUGCAGCCCCCAAAGCUGACCUCACAACUUUUUCUAAGUGCCUGCUUUCUCAAUUGUUGCCUACCCCCGCCGCUAGUCCAACAAGUCGAGUCCUCCGCAUUCGACGAGAAGCCUGUACUGCUGCCACAGCAUCGACUGAGCAACCCCCAGAGGACUGAGCCGCAGCAUCAGCUGUACUCUUCCCGCCGCAAGAUGAACAACAUGGCGAGCAGCUCUCCGCUGGAGAUCCGCAACUUAAGCGGGAAAUCCUGCACCAUUACCGUGGAUACGGCCAAGGUGAAGAAGGUUGCGGAUUUGUGUAGCUGGAGCGUCAUUGAGAAGCUGUUUGACGAAGACCAGUAUGAAUUGCAACAGUAUCGGGCUAGUAGUACUUGAAUUUACGAAUAACGACUUGCUCAGCAUUACAAAUGAGUUUUGUCAUGCUAUUGCAAAGGAAAGAUAUUAUUCCACAUGCAUGGCUGCAAUUGGUACCACUACGAAUACGAUACUUUUGCAAAGCAUAGCCAGCUUCUGCCGCCCCUGCAUCGAAUCAAAUGGUUCGUCUGCGCCAACUAUGGAUUGCAAAUUAUAUGUCUGGAUUGAGAAUACGCGUGAUGAAAAAAUUUGUGGUAGUGAGUAUCGUGUAGACAAAAACUUGUCUUGCAUUCCAGACCAACUUGUCAUGCUCUUUUUAUAUUUUUCCAGGCCACCUUUUGUUACUUAGCCGAAAAAAUGCAUGACAAAUUUUUUUAGCCACUGUUCCGGAGACCCAGACAUAUUUUUUACCAUGGAUACCACCGCAACUACGACCGUUCCAGGAAGCAAAGCGAGCAAGGACUCUGCCGCAAGCGAAGGCGACGCGGAACGACCGCACGGGGACCGUAAGAAGGAGGAAUACUGUAUCGGCGAGGAAGAGCCUUUUCCUGACUUUGAUCAUUACUCCCCAAACAGUCACGACGCCGGUCGUGGGUCUUCCGGUAUCUAAUGUAAAAAUGUCUGGGUCAUCUGGAAGAUUGCAACUCGUCAUGCUAACUCUGCAGCAUGCAAAAAUCUGUGUUACAUGAUUACCAAAAGUGAUCCAGUUUUGACCAAGUCGGGAGGGAGUUUCUCAUGCAGGAUAGGCAUGAGAAAGGUCUCGCAGAAACAGAAUCUGUCAUGCUAGGUCCUGCAUUCCAAACCUCAUGGGUCAUGGAAAAGCAGCAUGACAAGUCGCGCAUUCUUCGAGACCCAGACUACAUUCUUGCAUUUGAUAUCCUGUCUGUCGGAACGAUCCAGAAGCAGAUCACCGCGGCGGGAGCAGCAGGAUGAACCGCAGCUGCGGGUCGCGGAGAAGGAUGAGGACGUGAUCUUCGGUGACGACGAGAAUCCGAUUUUCUACCAGUUUGCGGUGGUUCCGGAGGAAUUUUCGCACACCUGGGAGAGCUGGGCGACGGAUUGGUAUUGGCGGUGGCCGGAGAGGGCGAAAUCCAAAAGGCCGUGGGCCGACUUCCGGAGUUCCUGGCAGUUAUUUGUCGAGCUCGUGAUCAUCGGCCAUGAGGACUACCGCGAAAGCUGGUGGAAGUUGCACGAACUGCGAUCCUUUAUCUACGACCAGACCUGGCUUGCGAUGAUCGAUGAUGGACCAGAGGCGGAGCAGAUUCUAGCCAACUGCCUCUUUCCGGUCGGAACCUUCCCCCCGCGGGCGCAUGUGUUCGGGGACACUCAACAGCUCUUCAUGGGCCUUCCGCCUAAACUCUGCUUCGAGUUGCUCGACCUGCCCCUUAGCGAGUGGCGCAAGCACGCGCGGGCGUCUGGUGGAAAGGCGUUUACGGACGAACACCGGCUGGAGCUGGCGACACGGGCGGUGCAGUACAGAUUCACGCGGGAUGCGGACUGGUUCAUCGAUAGUACUCCUGCGACGAGCAUGUCGUGUACUCUCUGCACGAAAAUGUUUCGACGGGCGUUGCAGAUAGCUCCACCCAGCCCGGCAUCCGUCGUAGGAAUGCUGGAGGAAUUCCAAUCCGGCAGCAGGCGCCUCGUGAGCUUUCCACGACUCGAGACACCACCAGGCAUGUCGGAAUGCGUCAGCUCUUUGCUGUCAUUGUUCGGCACGCGCGGGGAGGUGCGACACUUCUGUGACCAGGUGGUCGAGAGCGUGUGCGGGGUCGCUGCCAUAGCUGACCGGUGGCGCAAACAAGCCGCCCAAAGACUGCAGCAGCGAGUUCUAGGCGCUCCGCGCAGCAGGUGUCCAAGUUUCCACCUGUUUGACCGGUUGCGCGAACAAGUGGAGCUCUUUCUUCUCCCCUCCGGAACGUGGAGGUACCACAGCGGCUAAGCAGAGCAAAUGCGGCUGGGCUGGGAAGGUUGAAAUUUGAUGUCAGAACUGAGUUGGAAAUCAGUACAGAUAUAAGUGCAAAAUUAUCAGUAGCGCAUGAGUACAAAAAGAUUUGAAUUCCUGCUUCUUGUUGUGGAUGCAACAACUCGACACCCGGUCAUCAUGUGGAAUACGCAACACAAAGCGCUCCAAUACUUUUCCUGCAUGGCAACGUAUGGCAGGGGGCGUAAGCCCACCAAGAAAUCCUCGCACUAGAAUAUAACUACAACCUUCAUCCAAAGAACCUCUGUCCGUAUUUGCAAUGCAUAGCAGCAGGACACGAGUCAACCAAUCACUGAAGUGGCUGCAGAUGCUGAAGAACGAAUGCAACAAGAUGCACAUCGAUCACGGGCUGGACGAGGCCAUCAAAGAUCUCGACCGGCUUUGUUCUCGUCUGGAUUUUUCUGAAGCAGGUGGCUCGUUGCGGCACAACACUAGCGGCCUGCAAGUUUUCGAGGACCUCGGGCUCGCAACCCAGUUCCGCGACGCGAUGAAAGAGUCGGGAGUCAAGACUUACACCGAGGAACAUCCUCUCUCGGGCAACAAGCAGAAACGAAUUCCGUUCACCUGGGACAACGUCUUGGGCUCGCUGCGCGGUGUGGCGGACGUGCCAAAUAUGAAAGGCUUCUGGUGAGCAAAAGUCAAAUGCUGCUAGCGAGACAAGCUGGUAGAUAUGAUAAGGAAGCUUUUUGUUUCAGCUUAUAACCCGUCUUGCGGCGCAUGAGGCUGUUUUUGACACAGACGGCCGUGCCGCUGCGGCUAAUGAUCUAGAGCUGCUGGUGGUCAACAGGACGAGUUUAGCCGUUGGAUAGGUCGAGUUUGAUGUUGCUUGCCUCGGAUUUGAUGUUCUGCACAUCGCUGUCUGGGUUGACUCAAAAAGUAUCGGUUUUAUUUU